UCGUCGAAACGUCCCACUUCUCUUUUGAGUCCUUUGCAACACCCUAAGGUACCUAGCAAAGAUGGAGCAGAAAAGUGAAGCCCAGACAAAUGCUGUCGACCAAGAGAAAUGGGUUUAUGAUUCCUCUGUGGAUCAUAAAGGGAGGGUUCCUCUUCGUUCUUCCACCGGCGUUUGGAAAGCUUCUUUCUUUAUUAUUGCAAUUGAAUUUAGUGAGAGGUUGAGUUACUUUGGAAUAGCAACUAGUUUAAUCCUGUAUCUAACCAUGGUCAUCCACCAAGACCUCAAAACAGCAGCUAAGAGUGUGAAUUAUUGGUCUGGCGUCACCACAUUGAUGCCCCUUCUUGGUGGGUUCUUGGCUGAUGGUUACUUGGGCCGAUUCAACACUGUUCUGUUUUCGACCAUGGUCUACCUUUUGGGUUUGCUUCUGUUGACAUUGUCCUGGUUUCUGCCGAGUUUAAGGGCCUGUGAUGCUGAUGUGUGCACUGAGCCCAGGAAGCUCCACAAAAUCAUCUUCUUCCUUGCCAUAUACUUGAUCUCCAUCGGAACCGGAGGGCACAAGCCGUCAUUGGAGAGCUUCGGCGCCGACCAGUUCGACGAUGAUCACUCGGAAGAAAGAAAGAAGAAAAUGUCGUAUUUCAAUUGGUGGAACUCUGGCCUCUGUAGCGGACUCCUGUUGGGUGUGACUGUAAUUGUUUACGUGCAAGAUCAUGUCAACUGGGGAGUUGCGGAUAUCAUCUUGACUGUCGUUAUGGCGCUUUCCCUGUUAAUCUUCGUCAUCGGAAGGUCCGUUUACCGCUACAGGAAUCCGAUGGGAAGCCCCUUAACGCCGAUGCUUCAAGUUCUUGUUGCUGCAAUUUCCAAAAGAAAAUUGUCUUAUCCGUUUUGUUCUUCGGAGUUGUAUGAAGUUCCCAAGUCUCAGAAGGGUCAAGGCCAAGGAAGGCUUUUGUGCCAUACCAAGAAGCUCCAGUUCCUUGACAAAGCUGCUAUACUUGAAAACAAGGAAGAUUCAUUUGAAAACCAGAGUCCAUGGAAACUUGCAACCGUGACCAAAGUGGAGGAGAUGAAGCUUGUUCUCAACUUGAUCCCUAUUUGGCUUGCAACUUUACCAUUUGGAGUUUGUGUGGCGCAAGCUGCAACAUUCUUCAUCAAACAAGGGACUACAAUGAACCUAAAAAUGGGAAAUUUCAAAAUCCCUCCUGCCUCAAUCUACUCCUUAGGCGCCAUUGGAAUGAUCAUCUCUGUCACCUUAUACGAAAAAAUCCUCGUACCAUUGUUAAGAAAGACAACAGGAAACGAGAGAGGCAUCAAAAUUCUACAGAGAAUUGGUAUUGGGAUGCUUUUCUCCAUUUCUACCAUGAUUGUUGCAGCCCUGGUUGAGAGAAAGAGGCUUCAUGUUGUAAAAAAAGAAGGUUCAUCACUCUCCAUGAGUGUCUUCUGGUUGGCUCCACAGUUCCUCAUAAUUGGGUUUGGAGAUGGGUUUGCCCUGGUUGGCUUACAAGAGUACUUCUACGACCAAGUUCCGGACUCCAUGAGGAGUUUAGGCAUUGCCUUUUACCUCAGCGUGAUCGGAGCUGCAAAUUUCGUCAGCAGCUUGUUGAUAACGAUUGCUGAUAACAUCACAAAGAAAGGAGGAAAAAGUUGGUUUGGCAAAGACUUGAACAGCAGCCGCCUGGAUAACUUCUAUUGGCUCUUGGCUGGAAUCACAGCAGCCAACUUGUGCAUUUAUGUUGUCUUGGCAAAGCGCUAUACAUACAAAAAUGUGCAGAGGAAUGUGACCGUUGCUGAUUGCCACGAAAGUGAUGAUGCAGGGUCAAUGGCUUAAUGAUGUAUAAUUAAUCGUUCAGAUAGCAAUAAGAAUAGUAUAAUAAUUAGUUCAUAAAAAAAGAAAAAAAGAAUAGUAUUAAUUGAUUAGUUUUUUUAUCAGAAAUAGACUCAAUUGUGUUUC